AUGCCAGCAGGGGCUGAAGAUGUUGACGAGGCCAAACAGGAGAAAGGUGGAAGUCUUCUUCACAAACUAGAAGAUAUGUCUGCGCAAAACAUCGCGAAAAGUCGUUUGUACUCGCAACAUCGUAUGGAAAUCGAGUUUGCCAUGCUUGGGAAGAAACUCGAAAGUCGCAGAUCUCGGUUGCGAAUCUUCAACGAUAAGGCAGCCAACGGACUACGAGUGCCAGGAGGGCACGCGUUGUAA